UUAGUUGUCUUAGCUUAAACGGGGCACACGGUUCGAAAUGAAGGAUCAAAUAUUCACCCGCUCGCUUUUACUCGCUCUUUGUAUCUGCGGAAUUGAAGCAAUUGGAUUGCCCAGGCUGCCCGAAAACUUACAGGAUUUUAAAUGUGAGGAAGACGAUAUAGGAUUUAAGUUCAACUUAACAAGGUUCGCCGGCGUCUGGUAUGAGGCCCUGCAAAUGCCAAAUGUUCCGGGAAUGGAGUGCCUAAAUGUCUCGAUUCCCUCGGAGGUCAAGGACAAUAAUCUCACGUUGACUUUGAGCUACGUCACCAUACUCAAUACAAGUUGGACCCUCAGCAGGGAAGCCGUGAGCUUUCCAUGGAACAACUCCACCCAGUACGGCAUCUUCCAUCCCGAUGGGAGUGAGGUCUCCUACAAGCUGGUGACCACCGACUACGUUUCCAUAGCCGUUGUCUGCGGCUACAGCAGUAGGGGAUCCGCGAUCCCCAUCCUCAAGCUCUUCACUCGAGAUCGCGAGGCCAGCGAGGAGAUCGUCCAGCCGAUCAACACCCAGGCCGAGGAAUAUGGGUAUAGCUCCCUGAUCUACUGGGAAAAGCAAUCCCUUGAGGAGUGCAGGGAACCCAGUGGCCAAGCACCUUUGGCAGCUCUAGUGGGCUUAAUCCUACUUUGUGGUUUAUCUAUUUGGGCGAGCUACUAGGAUGAAAACAAGAAAUAACGCUGUAGGCGGGUUGCCCGACUAUCAGAUACCCGUUACUCAGCUAGUGGAGGUGCGUACGAGAAAUUUCAACACUUUUCUCUGGCAUAUCUGUGGAAAUUGGCAAAAAUAAAAAUAAAAUAUUAUAUAUAUAUAAUAUAAUAUUAUUGAGUAAUGGGUAUCUGGUAGGGUAUCUCGACUGCAGCGGUCUCACUUAUUUUCAACUAUCGAUAGUGCAAGUACGAGUUCUAAGAAAACAGGAUAUCAGCCUGUACAGGUGCACGUGUAAAUGUAGAUAAGCUGUAAGCCUUAUCGGCGACAGUGAGUCAUCGUAUCAUCAUAAUGGGUAUCUGGUAGGGUAUCUCGACUGCAGCGGUCUCACUUAUUUUCAACUAUCGAUAGUGCAAGUGCGAGUUCUAAGAAAACAGGAUAUCAGCCUG